CUGGUCGGCGGCGUUUCUGAGCCGUUGCUGAGACGGCGAGGGAGAGCGUUGAGCUUACCUCACUGCUUUCCGGUGCGGUAGCGCCUCCUCCGCCGGCUUCCUCCUCAGACCGCUUUUCGCCGCGAGCCGACCAGUCCCGUCAUGCCGACCCGCAGUCCCAGCGUCGUGAUUAGCGAUGAUGAACCAGGUUAUGACCUAGAUUUAUUUUGUAUACCUAAUCAUUAUGCCGAGGAUUUGGAAAAGGUGUUUAUUCCUCAUGGACUGAUUAUGGACAGGACUGAAAGACUUGCUCGAGAUGUCAUGAAGGAGAUGGGAGGCAAUCACAUUGUGGCCCUCUGUGUGCUCAAGGGGGGCUAUAAGUUCUUUGCUGACCUGCUGGAUUACAUUAAAGCACUGAAUAGAAAUAGUGAUAGAUCCAUUCCUAUGACUGUAGAUUUUAUCAGACUGAAGAGCUACUGUAAUGAUCAGUCAACGGGGGACAUCAAAGUUAUUGGUGGAGAUGACCUCUCAACUUUAACUGGAAAGAAUGUCUUGAUUGUUGAAGAUAUAAUUGACACUGGUAAAACAAUGCAAACUUUGCUUUCCCUGGUUAAGCAGUACAGCCCCAAAAUGGUUAAGGUUGCAAGCUUGCUGGUGAAAAGGACCUCUCGAAGUGUUGGAUACAGGCCAGACUUUGUUGGAUUUGAAAUUCCAGACAAGUUUGUUGUUGGAUAUGCCCUUGACUAUAAUGAGUACUUCAGGGAUUUGAAUCAUGUUUGUGUCAUUAGUGAAACUGGAAAAGCCAAAUACAAAGCCUAAGAUGAGCGCAAGUUGAAUCUGCAAACACGAGGAGUCCUGUUGAUGUUGCCAGUAAAAUUAGCAGGUGUUCUAGUCCUGUGGCCAUCUGCCUAGUAAAGCUUUUUGCAUGAACCUUCUAUGAAUGUUAUUGUUUUAUUUUUAGAACUGUCAGUUGCUGCGUCCCCAGACUUUUGAUUUGCACUAUGAGCCUAUAGGCAGCCUAUCAGUUCCCUCUGGUAGAUUCUCGCUUAUCUUGUGAGAAAAACAAAUCUCUUAAAUUACCACUGUUAAAUAAUAAUACUGAGAUUGUAUCUGUAAGAAGGAUUUAAAGAGAAGCUAUAUUAGUUUUUUAAUUGGUAUUUUAAUUUUUAUAUAUUCAGGAGAGAAAGAUGUGAUUGAUAUUGUUAAUUUAGACCAGUCUGAAGCUCUCAAUUUCCUAUCAGUAACAGCAUCUAAGAGGUUUUGCUCAGUGGAAUAAACAUGUUUCAGCAGUGUUGGCUGUAUUUUCCCACUUUCAGUAAAUCGUUGUCAACAGUUCCUUUUAAAUGCAAAUAAAAAAAUUCUAAAAAUUUGC